AAGUCCUCGAUUCGCUGGAAGAACGUCGUGGAAAUAACACUUGUUGAACCUGGAGGGCAGUUCCAGACUCGCCAUUUUGACCGUUCGUGCGCUGGCAUCGGUGGCUGUUUCUAACGGUGUGAAUUUCAAAAAAGUCAGUUUAUCACACGCCACACUUUUACACAAAUCCUCGCACAAAGACCUGACAAACAGUGAGUGUGCUUGAUACUUUUGGUGGAUCGAACAGUGAAGUGUCAGGAUCAAGAUUUGCGUUUUGUGAAAUGUGUUAAAACCGACCCUUGAUCAACUCCGGGUUUUUCGUUUGUGUUGUCGGUUGCAAAACGUUCUACUGAAGACAACGCACAGAAGUGCAUGAGCACCUGUUUCAUCAGCAGAAGCACAUUCCAUUUCGUUUCUUCCGCGUAACCAUCCUUUGCAAAACAUUCCGACGGUGUAAAGCCCGAUCCCUUUAAAUUCCAUUCUCAAGACCACGUGCGUUCUCUGUUGCAGCAUUGUUGCAGUGUUCUCGGUGGAAAACUUGAAAAAACACGGUCGUGAACCAGUGUGUGAGACUUCAUUUUGUGCGGUAUUAGGAGAUCAAGCCAAUGAAACACCUUUAAGUGAAGUUUAUAAAACUAAGGCGAAUAAGUUCCAUCUUACGCAGGAAACGCUCAACGGAAAUAUUGGACAGCUUUGUAGUGUUUGAGGACAAACGAGUGAACGGUCAAAAUGAAGGCAACUCUACGGCUCUGGACGGCGGUGAUGGCGUUGGUGUGCGUUAGUCUGCAGGUGUCCGCAUUACCGUACAGUGACAGUCGCAUGGUGCAGGAAAACAGCUUGCUUUCGCUGAAAAGGACGAAACCGUCGCUGUCGAUCGUUAACCCACUGGAUGUGCUACGGCAGCGAAUCAUUCUCGAAAUGGCCCGAAGACAGAUGCGCGAAAACACUAGACAGGUUGAGCUGAACAAGGCACUGCUGAGGGAAAUCGGAAAGCGAAGUAGCAACCUGUACGAUGGAUCCGAAUACCCGGUCGACUACACGUACUACGAUCGGAAGCUCUACAACCAGCAUGUCGCAUCCAAACCCGACCACGCCAAUCCCACCGAUGCUGAUGAGCUAGAGGCGAUGGUCGAAAGCCUGCUGCAGCACAACAAUCGCCUUGCCGCACGGGAAGGUAACUAUGCCGGCAAGUUUCAACGAACGCGCUCCGUCAGCGAACGGCAAACACCCGGCUCAAGGAUGGGCUCCGAACAGCACCAGGGCCAGCAGGCACAGUCCCAGCAGCUAACCAGUCUCUUCAACAACGAACAGGACGAUCUCAAGACUAAGGAUCAAGCUCUCAGGCAGUCAACACUAGCGGGAGGUCAGGAACCGGACAACACCGAAGACGAUGACCAGGACCAACAGGAACAACAGUCGAUGAACGAUGGUAGUAGCUCGGGCGUGUUAAAGGCCAUACAGCAGGACGGUAACAAUGCACCGAGCGAUCGGACCAGCGGCACCGACUUUGGAUCCCGUUACGUUUACGGUAUGUACAAAAACCGAUACGCCAACUAAGCAGCAAGGUAGACCAGCCAACAACAAAAAAAAAAGUAACAGGCAAACACUAUCAACGACACGACAAACUUGACGCCCUCUACAGGAAACUGGUUCUGGAACUAGCGCUAUCUUCAAGCAAGAAUAAACGUAAAUUUUGACCGCUGAUAUAUUGUAUAUAAAUAUUGCCAAACAGAGGUAGGAAAGCAAAAAAAACUCUCUAAAAAAACACAAAACACCCACAAAAUCACCACAUAAGGGAAGAACGAUCGGUAAUGGCGACUGAGCACUGGAUGGUCGCUUGCAUUUUAUGACUAAUAAAGACAUACAUGGAAGAAAAACCUAAAACUGCAGCACAUCAACAUAAAACAACACACGAAUGCUGAUUGUGGGCAUGAGAAAUACCACAACAUUUUAGCAACAGUCCGUCUGUUUAGUGUGCUUUUGGUUUCGGCUCUGUGUUGUGCCACUGUGGAAAGAAAGUACAGUCUGCCUAAUUUACGCUGCACCCAAGCCAUCUUUCUUUUUUCCCCGCUAGAUGUCGCGCCGAAUCAGUUAGUGGUUUAAAAACGCUAAUGCAUGGUGUAUGUGUGGUCAUAUGAAUUGGUCAAAAACAUUGACAUGUAUGCUUCUUCCCGUUUUUAAUCUAUUUUGGAGACCGUCUUAAGUUAAUCCACGCAAGCCCUUUUUGAGGAUGCUUUCAAAUUGUCUUAUGGGCAAAUUAUUAUUCAUACCCAUUAAACCAGUACUUCACGCAUGAGCUACGAUUUAUUUGAAGCAGAAAAUAACGCUUUCCAUCCGAGAUCUAACAAACAACACACACACAAGCAUCCAGAGAACAGCCACUUUCGCCAUGUGUGUACGAAAUAUUGAAGCGUUAAAUUACUUUAGCCAACAUCAAGGUGGUACUCACCACCACACACGCUUCCACUAAACCAUCCUUGCUUAUUAGAUUAGCCGUUAAUAAAAUACCGUACCAGAGCCGGUAGCUCGGUGGACGGCGAUGCACUCUAGCUGAAGCGUGACACGGAACCAUUUGGUAGACGGUAGAUAAGUGUGAAGCGUAGACAAAGCAACAGCUUGGCGCGAUGGACCGCGAAGGUGGUAGCAGGUGAAAACACACGCAACCGGCUUCCAAAUCUUUAUCUUUUUUCCGCUUUUGUUAUUGUUAUUAUAACUGUGUUCCGGUUUCGCUCUUUCGGCAGUGGAAGUCCUUUCGCUUAAGGCGAGAAGAGACCGGGUAAUGUGGGACGAGUGAGCAUAAUGUUGAAAAUCUACUACAUACAUCUUCCCGCCCAUGCAGCAUGGACACCAAGAGGCCUCUCUACCUGGGGUUUUUCGUUAUGGAGCCUGCUGCGAUGGAAAAAUAAUGCUACACGAUGAAUAAAUUCCUCACUGCUUCUGACACGUGCGUCCUCCGAGCUACCGAGCGGCCGACGUCUAAUUGUUCAUCACUCUUACGGCAGGGUAAAUUCUUCAACCUCAAGCCUCAGCUUUCAACGUGCUAUGGAACCCAAAGAAAAAAAGACUCCCCGUCUCAAUGUAGCUUCCGGAUUUUCCAACACAUAAAAGCUCAUAUCUAAACAUUUUAUUCUCGCUUCUUCCUUGCUUUUCGGUUCUUGUCCGUCGAACCAUUUCCCGCCAAAAAGUGCAGCAGGUGGAAAAAUUACACGCCUAAAAACACUCGGCACGCAGCUAAAUGAGCAACAAAAAAAAGACGAAAACACCUACAAACAUAUUUUGUUGCUUUGCCCUGUUUGUCCCCGGCACAGCCCGUUACCACGCAAUCGUGGGUCUCCUCCGAGCGUCUCGGGUUGAAAAAAGUGAUCUUUUAACAACGACAAAGGAAACAUGAAUGAAUUGCUCUUCACCGGCCCGGCCCCGGUGGGCUUGGAAACCUCCAAACCGGGACCGGCCCUGCUGUAUGUGUGUGAAUAAUGCGUGCUCCACCGUCAUUUGACAGACUACUUUAUUGAUGCCUGGGAGUUGAUGCUGGUGCUGCUUUGCACCUUCAGCUGACUGUUUUUCCCCUCCCCCAUUUCGUUUUUGUGGCCCCCUGUGGGCUGCUGGGGAGCAUGAGCUUGCCGGAUAGAAUUGCACGGGACCUUCGCGCACGUUUCAUCUUGUGGCUGGCAAGACACGGUGCGUUUGAAGCUGUUCAUUUCUAAUGCGUACGCUCCCGGUAAAAGUUUCAUCAUUCGUCCUAAUAACGUUGAAAGGUCGCUGGAUUAUGUUCCUACUUUUGCGCGCGAGUGCUUCUAGCUUUAUUAACGCUUUCUGGUUAGAAACAUGACUCUUGGUUUUUAAUUGCUUAGAUAAAACUGACUAAAGACUACAGUUAAAAACAAAUAGCAAACAAACGAUACGAAAAUGAAGACUAGUUGGAGAACAAAGAGUUUUUGUUUUGUAAAGUGUAAACAAAUCACAAGCCACUGGUCGCUAAAACAUCGCUGAUGAAUAGAGAUGAGAGAAAAAACAGAAACAACCCCAUACAUAGGCUCUCAGUCGUAUGGAAUAAUCAAAGCUGCUAAAAAAAAUCCGCUUCUACUCCCCUCCCUGCAUGUGUAUUGAUUAAGAAGCCCAGAAACGCUGGCGUCCCUUGCUGCUGGCACCUGAGGACUACACCGUUUUUUGGUUUCCACUAGCGAAACGAACGAGCCUAAUGGGAGGACAGGGAAUAUCUAAUACUGCAAACGCAAACUGGGACACGUUUGGACAUAAUUGUUUAGUCCGCACUGUAGAGGGAAAAGCAGGCGGAAAUGCACAUAGGCUGGUGAACGAUGACGGUAAAGUUGAUAAUUGUUACAUCAAAUGCUAUACGAGUCGAUCAAGAAGAAUCUGGCAUCCGGUACUCCGGAUGCUUGGGCGGUUGAAGAGACAGAUUUCUAGGACAAAUGUUAAGAAGAAGACGGCAAAACCGAUGAGCUUCUGGCGAUGAAUGAGACCGACCGAUGGUGAAAUGCGAGAAUAUACAAACGAGUGAAGCAAAAUGUCUCUUAUCCGAAGGUAGAAGCAAAUAGAAGGCAAGUCGAGUGAAACUGUUGAAAGCAAAUUAUUACCUAACAAAUUCAAAACGGUAUUCAAAGCAUGAGCAUGACUUUGCCUCAUUCAAGAUAACUACUAUUACAAUUACUGAACCGAACGUAAUGCCAAAGCAUGCAGUCUAUUGUACAUAUAUUCUUGACGUAUUGGUAUCCCAUCCCCAUUUAACUAUCUCAUUCGAGCAUUCAAUAUAGCUGCUCAACCAGUGCGAGCGAUCCAAAUACGAACGAGAAAGAUUGAUGGGAAAGAUUUAAAGGAAAUGCAAUGCAACGCAACAAAAAAACGGAUGGAUGAUUUACAAAAUGGCAAAAAAAACAAAACGAAACAUCAAGGAAAAUGAUCACACUCUUUCUCUUUAAGCCAACCCCACAACAAAAAUGGUAUAAAAUAAAGAAUUUAAUUUCUAAGAGCAGCAUGUUAUUGGGAAAGCACGAA